AUGCCGAACGAGACCUUCGAUGAGAUCCUUGGGCUCGAGGAAUCUUUCUAUGCUGACGGGUACCAAAACGGACUCGAUGAUGGCAUUGUAGCGGGUCGUAUAGAGGGAAGAAAAUUUGGUCUAGAAAAGGGCUUUGAAAAAUACGUCGAAGGUGCGAAACUUUAUGGGAAGUCACUGGUCUGGGCCAAUCGAGUUCCCCAACUUCAAACAACAGUCUCGAAGCAGGUUGAAGAAUCAGAGAAACCCUCCGAGCAAACUCGAGAUGAGUUGUCGAUUGCUCCACUGCAGCUCCCAUCGGUGUCCAACAACCAACGUCUGGUUAAGCAUCUGCAAGUGUUACAUGCUUUAGCUGAGUCGGAGAGUCUAUCAACUGAAAACACCGAGGACGCCGUGUCUGAUUUCGACGAUCGGUACAAGAGAGCCCAAGCAAAAGCAAAAAUUAUAGAGGGAAUGGUUGGUGAACCGCAACGCGAGACGGAGGUUUCUGGCAAGGUGUUGCCGAGGGGAGAUUCGAAUAUCGAGGAUGCCAGCAUUGGAAAGCGACGCGGCCAUCCUAAUAGCCAAAGAAAUCCGCCAGAUGCUCGUCAAGAGACUGUCCCAAGCACCAACUACCGUGAGUUGGAGUCGUAG